GUUCACUUUUUUCAAGCUAAGCUCUGGCUCUCAUCUUGUCCCUUCUCUCUCGCUAACUUUCUCCUCUUAUUCUUCAUCAUCUGUGUGGUGAGUUGAAGUAGAAGGCUCAAGGCUGCAAUCAAGGAGCAAUCGCAUGAUACAACAAGGGAGCCUACAUGCAACUUCUUUUUUCAGAGAUUUGUAGAUUAAUUUGUAUUUCCUCUCGCUAAUUACUGAUCCAAAAUGAGGAGAUCGUUGAUGUGGGUGGCUCGUCCCUUGGUAACAACACGUGGAUUUUGCACGAAGUCGGAGAAAAUUGUAGCAUCUGUACUUUUCGAGAGAUUACCAGUUGUAGUCCCCAAAAUAGACCCUGUGGUUUAUGCAUUUCAAGAGUUCUCGUUUCGGUGGCGGCAACAGUAUCGACGACUUUAUCCUGAUGAGUUCUUAGACAAGUCUAACUCAAGGGGGAAGGGUGACUAUCAAAUUGACUAUGUACCAGCACCAAGGAUCACUGAAGCUGACAAAACAAAUGAUAGAAAGUCCUUGCAAAGGGCACUUGACAGAAGACUUUACCUUCUUUUAUAUGGAAAUGCAUAUAGAUCUCCUAGUGGGAAGCCGGUUUGGCAUUUUCCCGAAAAGGUGUAUGAGGCUGAGGAGACAUUGCGCAAGUGUGCAGAGUCUGCAUUACAAUCUGUUUUAGGGGACCUUUCUCACACAUAUUUUGUUGGAAAUGCUCCAAUGGGUCACAUGGUCAUAAAGACAACAACAGAUGAUGCACCAGAUGCUGGCUAUAAGCAAUUCUUCUUUAAGUCGCAGGUGAUUGCAACAAACAAGUUUGAAAUUGGCAAAUGUGAUGAUUUUGUUUGGGUGACUAAGGAUGAAUUGCUCGAGUAUUUUCCUGAGCAAGCUGAAUUCCUUAAGAAGAUGAUCAUCAGCUGAAUUAGAUGUCCAAUUUGAGGGUAUAUUAUGCCAUUAGUCACUUAAACUUUAUAUUUUGUAUCGUUAAAGGCACGAAACUUUGUAGUUUCCUUUUAUUUUUGUUUACUGGGAGGUCAUUCACCACAUUCAAGUAACUGGAGCACUGGUUCAACUCAAUAAGAAUAUUCAUAGGAAUGAAGAGGAUCCUAAUGAUUUUAGGCCAUAUUUUUGUCGACGGAUGAUCUACAGGUUGCUUGAUAGGAAUGAAGAGGCAAGAGAACAGUUUGCCAAUUUUGAUUUUUUUUUUUUUUUGGUGUGCGUGCUCUCGCGCUAAUUGACAAUAAUAACCUCAUCUUGUGAACAAAUUAAAUAUGGGUAAAUUAUUAUUUCGACAA